UUCAUUUUUUAAAUUAGACAAUUUAAUUACUUUUUAAAAUGUUUGGAAACUUUUCUAAUAUCCCAGCUUAUAGCAGAACCAGAAAAGGGCUAGCCAUCAAUAUUUCGAGGUUUUCAAGGAUAGCAGCAAUCCCAGGGGGCUUACGUUUUCUGAAGGCGGCUAGUAUAUAUAUACAUAAUCGCUAAUAAAACCGAAAUUUGAAGGACUUUCAGCCUCAUCCUGUCGCUAUUUGCAAUACAAUCAAGGACAAUCGCCGGAGCCAAAAAUACGAGAAUAUUUUUACUACAUUGAUCAUGAAGGAAUGCUCUUUCUGGACGAUGCGAAAAUGAAAAACUUUACCAGCUGUUUCAAGGAGAAGGAUUUCCUUAAGUUCUUUUUCAACCGCCUGCGAUUGAACAAAACAAAUAGAUAUAAACACGAAUUUCCAUACAUUUCCCUUUGCGGACGCGAAAGAAAUUUCAUACGAUGCGAUGAUACCCCUCUUGUUUUUACUGAACAACUUAAUAAGGAUGACAAAGAGGUGCUCAGUUAUGCACAUUCAGGACAGGUCCUUACGUUGCCCUACGAACCCGACAAAUUAUACAUGGAUCCCCGAAAUGGGAGGGUAUAUCAUCCAGCAACACCACAGGUGGGCGGUAUUGGCCUGGUCAGAUCUAAACUGGCUAUAGAACUUAGCCAUCAUUUUGAGUUUCCGCCUGGCGAAGCUUCUCCCACACACUUUCGAUGGAACGGAGAGCGAUUGAAGCUGCAGAACGAGUGGGUUAGCAAUACGCAGCGCUUUCCCAUGAACGAGGAGUGUAUAUAAUCGAUUAACUUUAAUGGAUUAAAAUUGAGACAAAUUUAGAACUA